CAGGGGGCGCCGUGCACCCCGCCGGCCGCCGGGCGGAGAGUCUGUCGCACACACCCCCUCCGCCCCGCGCGCCGCCAGUUCCCAGCCGACUACGCCUCCGCUCCCCGCCCGCCGGGCUGCGCCGGCUCCGACUCCGGGAGGGGUCGGGGGUCCCGGAUGGCCGCGGCGGGGUCCCGGAGGCCAAGCGUGUGAGCCAGCGGGCGUCAUGGAGGCAGAACCGCGGCCGACCACGACGCGGACCAGCGACGGAGCGACCCCCGGGCUGGAGGCGGCACCCCCCGCUGUCCCGGCGCCGGCGACCGCGGCGGCGGGUCCGAUCCCCGGCUCCGGCUCCGGACCCGAGCCCAAAAGGAGGCAGCUUGGGACGCUCCUCCAGCCCACGGUCAACAAGUUCUCCCUUCGCGUCUUCGGCAGCCACAAAGCGGUGGAGAUUGAGCAGGAGCGGGUCAAGUCCGCGGGGGCUUGGAUCAUCCACCCCUACAGCGACUUCCGGUUUUACUGGGACCUGAUCAUGCUCCUGCUGAUGGUGGGGAAUCUCAUUGUGCUGCCCGUGGGCAUCACCUUCUUCAAGGAGGAGAACUCCCCGCCCUGGAUUGUCUUCAAUGUCCUCUCUGAUACCUUCUUCCUGCUGGAUCUGGUGCUCAACUUCCGUACAGGCAUCGUGGUUGAGGAGGGGGCUGAGAUACUGCUGGCCCCACGAGCCAUCCGCACACGCUAUCUGCGCACCUGGUUCCUGGUGGACCUCAUCUCUUCCAUCCCCGUGGAUUACAUCUUCCUAGUGGUGGAGCUUGAGCCACGUCUGGAUGCCGAGGUCUACAAAACGGCGCGAGCACUGCGCAUCGUGCGUUUCACCAAGAUCCUCAGCCUGCUUCGGCUGCUCCGCCUCUCCCGCCUCAUCCGCUACAUCCACCAGUGGGAGGAGAUCUUCCACAUGACCUACGACCUGGCGAGCGCCGUGGUGCGCAUCUUCAACCUCAUCGGCAUGAUGCUGCUGCUGUGCCACUGGGAUGGCUGCCUGCAGUUCCUGGUGCCCAUGCUGCAGGACUUCCCCUCCGACUGCUGGGUGUCCAUCAGCCACAUGGUGAAUCACUCGUGGGGCCGCCAGUACUCCCACGCCCUGUUCAAAGCCAUGAGCCACAUGCUGUGCAUCGGCUAUGGGCAGCAGGCGCCAGUGGGCAUGCCGGAUGUGUGGCUUACCAUGCUUAGCAUGAUCGUGGGUGCCACAUGCUACGCCAUGUUCAUCGGCCACGCAACUGCACUCAUCCAGUCCCUGGACUCCUCACGACGCCAGUACCAGGAGAAGUACAAGCAGGUGGAGCAGUACAUGUCCUUCCACAAGCUGCCCGCGGACACGCGGCAGCGCAUCCACGAGUACUACGAGCACCGCUACCAGGGCAAGAUGUUUGAUGAGGAGAGCAUCCUGGGGGAGCUGAGCGAGCCACUGCGGGAGGAGAUCAUAAACUUCACAUGCCGGGGACUGGUGGCACACAUGCCGCUCUUUGCCCAUGCCGAUCCCAGCUUCGUCACGGCCGUGCUCACCAAGUUGCGCUUCGAGGUUUUCCAGCCGGGCGACCUGGUGGUGCGCGAAGGCUCGGUGGGCAGGAAGAUGUACUUCAUCCAGCACGGGCUGCUCAGCGUGCUGGCACGGGGCGCACGCGACACCCGCCUCACCGACGGAUCCUACUUUGGGGAGAUCUGCCUGCUGACCCGGGGCCGGCGCACUGCCAGUGUGCGGGCGGACACCUACUGCCGCCUCUACUCACUCAGUGUGGACCAUUUCAACGCCGUGCUGGAGGAGUUCCCCAUGAUGCGCCGGGCCUUCGAGACCGUGGCCAUGGAUCGACUGCGCCGUAUCGGCAAGAAGAACUCUGUGCUGCAGCGGAAGCACUCCGAGCCCAGCCCAGGCAGCAGUGGUGGCCUCAUGGAGCAGCACCUAGUGCAGCAUGACAGGGACAUGGCCCGGGGUAUCUGUGGCUUGGCCCCGGGCACGGGUGCGCGACUCAGUGGGAAGCCGGUACUGUGGGAGCCCCUGGUGCACGCACCCCUGCAAGCUGCCGCCGUCACCUCCAACGUGGCCAUUGCGCUGACACACCAGCGGGGUUCUCUGCCCCUCUCCCCUGACUCUCCGGCCACCCUCCUGGCUCGCUCCGCACGGCUCUCAGUGGGCUCCCCGGCCUCGCCGCUGGUGCCUGUCCGCGCAGGCCCUCUGCUGGCCCGGGGACCAUGGGCAUCCACCUCCCGCUUGCCCGCCCUGCCUGCUCGCACCCUCCAUGCCAGCCUGUCGCGGGCUGGGCGUUCACAGGUGUCCCUGCUGGGGCCCCCUCCUGGAGGAGGCUCGAGGCGGCUGGGACCUCGGGGCAGACCUCUUUCAGCCUCCCAGCCCUCUCUGCCCCAGCGAGCGGCCGGGGACGGGUCUCCGGGCCGGAAGGGCUCUGGAAGUGAGCGCCUGCCCCCCUCAGGGCUGCUGGCCAAGCCUCCAGGGACAACCCAGAUCCCCCGGCCGGAGCCAGCCACUCCCCGGGGCCCACAGCUCUCGGCCAACAUGUGA